AUGGCCAUGGCGUCCGCCGACGAAAAUGGGGCCGGCAACCACAACAAAAACACAGACUCCCCCAAGGCUUCGACGGAGUUCCAGCUGAAGAAGUACCUACUGCUGCUUGCCACCCUGGUGGCGACGGUGACCUACGUGGCGGGGCUCAACCUGCCGGGGGGUUCCUGGACGGAGGACACUCCCGGCGGGCAGGUGGCCGGCGAGUCAAUCCUCCGGGAGACCUACUACUACCGCUACAUCGUCUUCUACUACUGCAACGCCGUCUCCUUUGCGGCGUCCCUCGUCGUCAGCCUCCUCCUCCUCGUGCUGCAUAAGGGCGGCUCCUACCACUACUGGCUCCGGCCGGUCAUGGUGAUUGACCUGUUCGGCCUUAUGGGGGCCUACGCCGCCGGGAGCAGCCGCGACAAGUUCACCACCGUCUGCGCCGCAGUGAUGGUGGCUGGCCUCGCUGCUUAUGUCACUGUCGCCUUCAUCUGGUACGUCCUCCGCCACGCGACAGGAGGCACGGCCGCCAACAAAAAAGAAGAGAGUCCAGAUCAAGAGGCGGCGGCACUCGCGGAGCACGAGAUCCUGAUGGUGCUCGCCAUCUUCGUGGCAACCGUCGCGUACGUGGCCGCGAUGAACCCGCCCGGAGGCUUCUGGCGAAGCACCCAGGAGGGCCACCACACUGGCGGUGACCCGAUUCUGCAGGGCGGCCACUCCGGCCGCUACAAGUCCUUCUUCUUCUUCAACACCACCGCCUUCGUGGCGUCCCUGCUCGCCAUCAUGCUCAUCCUCGACUAUAAGAAACUCAACAUCAGCAGUGACAGAUUUGGCGUAGGGCGUUGCGGGCUCUAUGUAUCCCUCAUCAUCGCGAUCGGCGGCCUCGGCGGCGCCUACGCUGCCGGGAGCUGCAGGAACCUUGAGAGCACUGCCAUUGUUCUGUCCCUAGGGCCAGUUGUUCUAAUCUACAUUGCUCUCCAGGUGGGCGUUUCUACAGACAAACUCCCGUGUAUUGGUCGCAUGUGCAGUUAUCCAAGAAAAUGGCUGCCGGUAAUAACAAGAUUCGUCACUGAUUCCACUUGCACUUCCAGACCACCACCACCACUGACCGACGAAAAAGAAAAGGACAAGAUUCCGAAGAGAGAACAUGAUGAAAAUGAAAAACUCAACAAGGCCCGCGAGUUUAUUCAGCUGCUUGCUAUACUUGCGGCGACCAUCACUUAUCAAGCUGGACUUGAUCCACCAGGAGGCCUCUGGCUGGAGAGUGGGGAAGGCCAUACUGUUGGAGACUCAAUACUCCUCACAACACACCCAAUACGGUACAAGGCCUUCUUCUAUUCUAAUUCGGUGGCCUUCGUGGCGUCCUUGGUCAUCAUCGUCAUGCUGCAGAGCGAGAUGCUAGUUAGGCUCCACAUACUGGAGGCUACUAUGAUACUAGACCUGUUCAGCCUCAUGGGUGCAUACGCCGCGGGGAGCAGCCGGGACACGAGCACCUCCAUCUACAUUGUGGCCAUGGCUGGCGCCGUCCUCAUCUACGUGGUCAUCCACAUAGUCUUCUUCACGCUCGACCCUGAAGACAUGGACACGGAUGUGCUGGACAAGUGUCGCGAGGUGCUGCUACUCCUCGCGAUCUUGGCCGCCAGCAUCACCUACCAAGCCGGGCUGACCCCGCCGGGCGGCUUCUGGGAGAUGGACGACGAGAAGCACGGGCACCACGCCGGCUUCUCCAUCCUCCAGGACAAGUACCAUCUCCGUUACAAGGCCUUCUUUUACUGCAACGCGGCGAGCUUCAUGGCGUCUGUGGCUCUCAUCAUCCUCCUCGUUAAUCCCACCCUGUACAAGCCGGCCAUAGAGUGCUAUGCCCUCUUUGUGUGCAUGGUGGGGGGCAUGUUUGGCCUCAUGGGUGCCUACGCUGCCGGGAGCUCCCUGCACCUCCGAGCCUCCAUCAUCAUCUUGGUAUUGGUUGCUCUGGUGUUUGGUUUUGUAGUGUAUCUGGUACUGACGGGCUCCCACAAGCUGAAGCGAAAGGAACCUGCUGGACAAGGAGAGCCGCAGGGAGGUCAUGUGACCGACGAUGCGGCCAAGGACCAAAAUCAACCUGGACAAGGAGUGCAAGGACAUCAUGUGGCCGACAAUGCGGCCAAGGACCAAAUACAACCUGCACAAGGAGUGCAGGGAGAUCAUGUGGCCGACCAUGCGGCCAUGCACCAAAAGCAACCUGCAGAAGGAAAUCAUGUGGCUGACAACAACAAGGCCAUAUACCUGAUGCUGCUAGGGAUACUGUCUGCCAGCGUGACCUACCUGACCGGCCUAAAACCGCCCGGCGGCCUGUGGAGGGACGACAACAAUGGGCAUUCCGCUGGCAGCCCGGUCCUGUACGACAUGCACAGGCGGCGGUACAUGGUCUACUUCUACAGCAACUCCAUCUCGUUCAUGGCUUCCAUCAUCGUCGUCAUCGCCUUGCUGCUGCUCCUGCGGCUUCUGGGUAAGAAGAGCGAUCAUUGGUCGUUGCACACGGUGAUGGUACUGGACAUGCUCGCCCUCCUGGUAGCCUACGCCGCAGGCAGUGCCCGGAAGUGGGGCACAUUUUGGAAGGACCGGCGGUUCAUUUUGAAGGCCCAGCCAUGGCACCAUAAGCGUGAUGGAGUCAUCUUCGCCGAGUUCGACGGCAAGGGAAACCCAACAGAGGUUGACCUUGGCGUAAUGCCAAUAUGGGUGCAGGUUCGUGAUCUAGAUUUUGAACUCAAAACUGAGAGCAUGGGCUGGACAUUAGGAGAACAACUUGGGGAUUGUUGUGGGAUUGUAGGACAUACCUCAGAGUGUUACUGUAGUAUACCUAAGGAUAAAAGGGUUGCUUCUUUUCCAAAGAAUCUUAGUGUAGAGGCAUAUUGGAAGGGAACAUGGGCGAGUAAAAGAACACAUUUGUUCGCCGGCUCCAACAGCAACAACUACUACAGAGCUGCAGAAAAGAGUGUGGUCAAGGUGACCAAAGCCGUGGCUGACCUCACGGUCACGGAUAUGCUCACUACGACAUCUACGACGCCAGCCGCUGCGGCGUUUCGUGGGCGGGUGUCCCGCUCGGCCAAGAGGGUCGGGUGUAUGGGGCUCCAACGUCGUCCCACGCAGGCGCUGGCUCCGGUCAGGAGGACCAGCCAACACUUCCGAGACCCUCUGCUCUCUCUGGCCAGGAGGGCCAGGGAAAGGAGGGGGGGCUCUUUCUUUGGUGCUAAGCACGGCCAGGAGGGCCAUGUGCUCGAGCGCCGCAUGGGGACGACUAUAUCGCGGGCUCUGGUGCAUGCUGAUGGCCGCAUGUUCGACGCGGCAAUCCAGGGGAGCCAGGGGCUUAUCCUGCCGGUUGCUGUUUCUAAUUCUGAUGAUGCGGCUGGCGCAAAUAAUCUGCAGGACAUGUUGUUGUUUAAGCCCGGCAUACUGGAGGCACUCUCAGGUGCAGUUGCGGCAAGGCUGGCUGACCAGAACACGACUAAUGAUACUGGAGUAUUUACUUUUGCUGCUGGUAAAAUUUCCAUGCAGGGUCAGAAAAAGAAGAGAGAAAGGAUAGAAAGAAGGGAGGAAAUGAGAAGUCAGAGAGUGAUCGAAAUCAAAUCAUAG